AUGAUCUCUGAAAACUCUGUUGAACUACUUGUCGAGGCGUUUCGAGACGUACAGACUUCGCGAUACUUGGCCGUGAUCGCAUUUACGGCGUAUACAUAUGACUGGCUUACUCUUCUCGGAGACGAGGUUGAUCUCGUUGGCAAGUCGAGACUAUCGUUGGGCAAAACUCUUUACAUCUUUACACGGUUCAUGACAAUGCUUGGACUCACCGCCGCGUUGAUCCACUUGACCCCAGAGCUGCGUGGAUCGACAGCACUAUCCAAAAACGCAUAUUUCUACUGUAUCAUAUUUGCCUAUAUCCUACCUGUCGUCGAGGUCACCUCAUUUCUCGCCAGCUACUGGCUCCUAAUGCUGCGUCUUGUUGCUCUCUACAAGUCACGGCCUUACUUUGUGUACUUCCUCUACGCCUCCCUCAUUGCUUGCUGGGUAGUAACCUACGCCUUCCUGGUUAUGGCUUCGGCCUUCUUUUCCCACUCUAUCGAGUAUUCUGAUAUGUUUGGCCUUUGCGCCAUCACUCAGCGAGCACCUACUCUUGCCGGCGUCUUUGUUGCUCCUCUCUUCUAUGACAUCCUACUUAUCACCCUUACAUUCUACCACGCAUUAAAGGUUCAUCGGGGGUACCACGACCCAGCGACCUGGCCACUUAUCCGAGUCCUCUACCGAGAUGGAGUAAUAUUUUCCGUAAUCAUGGCUGGCAUACGCAUCUGGAACAUUAUAAUCUAUGCAAUCCAGCCUGUCAGCCGAACCUAUCUAGGUCCAUACGUCAUGUGGGCGGCGAUAACCAUGCUGUCAUGUCGGAUAUAUCUCAACGUCGUCCAAAUUGCUCAAUACAAUGCACGCGAACGAGAUCGCACACAGUACACAACUCCAAACGUCGAUUCCUACAACCGUGCAUACGGAGAAUGCGAAAAUGUUCAUCGUUUUUCCAUAGCCGGUGAGGGGAGGGAGCGAUCAAAGCUUGGUAGCAUCCUUCGAUUGUCGUCGCCGGUGACGCUCAAGACCAAGAGAAAAUCUGGUUUUGACGUCGAAGCCCUUAAAUAUACAAACAACGACCUCUCGACACCAGAGCCAGCGCGCUUCCCACGGGUGAUUGGUCGGGAGAUGUUAUCCAGGAAGCCGUCCAAGGGUACCAUCAAUCUCUCCAUCCAUAUCAAAGAAGAGGUCAUUCCGAUAACGGUCAUCCUCGGGAGCUCAAGCGGAGUCGAUUAUCGUUCGGCCCAGCUUCUCCCACCAGAUUCGCCUAUCCUCCCGAUUCCCCGACUCACAAUUAUUACAUGGAAAGUUCCAAAGGGACCCGAACCAGGACACGGCCAAUGUCUGAUCAAGCUCUCAGACAACUGGAAGUUCACCGAUCACCUACUCUAUCCCGCGUCUCCGUUUCCAACCCAUUACGGUUCCCACGACGACCUCGAACCACUCCCUCUCGGAAGAACGAUAACACAUCGUUCCUGCCUAUGA